CUAGUACUGUAUUUCUGAUAUGUGAAAUUGGAAUUUCAACUAGUAAGAAAUCAAUUCUUGAUAUCAACAACUGAAUUUGAAUGGCAGCCUGUGGUGACAUUUCACUAGUGAAAAUACAAUUACAGAUCUCUAGUUUUUAUUAAUUCCUGAUAUCAAGAAUUGAAUUGUUGAUAUCAAAAAUUCAUAUCCUGAGAAUGAAUAAUAGUAAAAUGGCUUACCAUACUCUAAUCAAACUGUUAAUCAAACACUGUUAGGCUAUUUUUUUUCCCACCAUGUUUGGUCAAGUGGAAGUAUCAAUGGUAUUUACAGUGAAAAUUUUCAUGAAAAAGUAGCAGUUUUUCUUUGCACUAGACAGAUGAUAUUUAUACUGGUAGAUAUAUAGGAUACUAUUUGUGUUUUGUACAUUAUAAGACAGUUUGCAAUAAUAACAUCAUAUUCAGUGUAUAUUUAAUUAAAUCAUAAAUAGAUGCACUGCAGUCCGAUACAGACUUACUGGACCUUUCUUGUCCCUCUCAUUAAAGCCCGUCCAAUUAAAUCAUGAACAUUACAAUCUUCCAGUUCACACACACACUAACACACACACACACACUAACACACACACACACACACACACACACACACACACAGUCUCUGAUCAUUGCUUGAAGACAUUAAAUAUGCUAAUUCAAUGAUGUCUUCACAGAUGUGUGUUAUCACUGAAAGUCUCAUCAGUAAAUACAUCAAACCCACAGACAGCGAAGCACCAUUACAAAUGACAUCAUCAUCAUCAUCACUUUAUCUCCUGACAGAACCCAAGAUGUGCUUUGUGAAUAUAUGCAUAUACUGAAUUAUGCAUUGAAACAGUAAACACCGACCAACCUCAUUAUUAUCAUUAAACUCAUUGCAUUUAGGAAAUGAAAAUGUAUUCCCUUUUUCCAGACUGAAACGUUUCAGUGUCAUUAUUGCUUUCAUUCAUCAUAUCUGUCAUUGAUAAUACACUCAUUCCAGGUUCAAGCAUCAAGGUUUGCACUCGUGAGGUGUUUCUCAUUCUUGAAUCUGGACUGUUCUGUGAUCAGAUGAUGAAUGAGGUGUUAAAGCUGAUCCUGUCAGAGAUGAAGUUAAAUAACAGAGGCAGAAACACACACUCGUCCUGCGCUCUCUCAACACCAGCGACACGUGGUGGACAGCAGCCUUCUCCUCAAACAGACCAAAGACCUGAAACCCAAAGCUGAACUCUGCAACAUGUUGUAACUCAGGGGGUUUGGACAAAAGGCAUUUUUACAGUCAGCUGAUUCUUCUGUAAUCUCCAGCACAAGCAGAAUGGGAAAUUAUGACGAGGACACUGCCUUUCUGGGGCAAAAGGGACCAUUUUUUGCGCUCCUUUUCUUCCUCUUGAACGCCAUCUACAUUUCCACCGGGUUUCAUGGCCUUUACAUUGUUUUUGUCGGGGCUUCACCAUCACAUCACUGUCAGGUAGCGGCUGGAAAUCUAAGUGAAGAAUGGGCGAGAGCGAGUAUUCCCAAGGAGAUGGUCAAUGGAAAACUGCAGACCAGUCAGUGUUGGAGAUACAGUCUGGAGACGGUCCGAAACCUGUCGGCUCAAGGGUACUCACCCCAGGACGUGAACCUCACAGACAUUAAACGAGAGAAAUGUGUGGAUGGAUGGAGCUACAGCACAGAUAUCUACCACUCCACCAUCGUCUCUGAGUGGAAUCUGGUGUGCGACAGCGAGUGGAGAGUCCCGUUCGCAACCUCGACGUUAUACAUGGGCUACUUGUUGGGCUCUCUUGUUUCUGGUCAACUUUCUGACAGGUUCGGCAGGAAGAAGGUUCUCUUCACGUCUCUGGCAGCUGAAGCGCUGGUGAUCCUGGCGCAGUCCUUCUCUCACUCGUGGCUGAUCUUCUGCGUCCUGUAUUUCUUUGUUGGCACUUUCCAGAUAUCCCUGUACCUCACAGCUUUUGUACUUGGUAGCGAAAUAUUAAGUAAAUCCCUGCGAGUUCUCUUCACUACGCUGGGAGCUUUCCUGCAUUACUGUAUCGGUUACAUGGUGCUGCCCUGGAUCGCCUUCGCCGUCCGCGACUGGAGGACACUACUGAGGGUUCUGUCGGGGGUGACGGUGGUGUACGUCCCUCUGUGGUGGCUGAUCCCGGAGUCUCCGCGGUGGCUUCUCGCUCAGGGACGAGUGCUGGAAUCUGAGGCCAUCGUGAGAGAGGCGGCGAAGAAGAACAAAGUCACUGCGCCGGAGGUCAUCUUCAGCGCGUCCGAGGUUAAAGAGGAUUCAUCCCAGAACAGCCAGUACAGCGUGUUUGACGUUCUGAGGACCAGCGAGAUCCGCAAAACCACCUUCAUGUGUUUACUGCUGUGGAUGGCUAUCAACAUUGGAUAUUUUGGCUUGUCCUUGAACACCACUAAUCUUAGCGGCGAUCCGUUCCUCAACUGCUUCCUGUCCGCGGUGACUGAGGUGCCGGCCUACAUCGUGUCCACGUUCCUCCUGAAGAGCUGUCCACGGAGACCCGUCCUGUCUGCGUUCCUCAUCAUAGGAGGAGGAUUUCUGCUUCUGGUGCAACUGAUUCCUGAAAGUCUUCAUACGCUGGCACUGGCAUUAGAGAUGGCUGGCAAGUUCGGCUUCACCAUGUCCUUCACGGUGGUGUACAUCUACACGGCGGAGCUCUAUCCCACCGUCCUGAGGAACCUGGGCAUCGGCAUGUGCUCUUCAGCCGCCCGCAUCGGCAGCAUCACUGCGCCUUACGUCAUAUUCUUAGGUACUUUCAACAAGUAUCUGCCCUACAUCCUGAUGGGAAGUCUCACCAUCGCUUCCUCAAUAGCUAACAUGUUUUUGCCCGAGACGUUUGAGAAAGUGCUGCCUGAGACUCUGGAACAAAUGCAGAAAUGCAAAAGUUUUAUUAGAAGAGAUAAACACGGCUUGGAGGAAGGGAAAGGAUCCAUCACCAUGAAAGAACACACAGCAGGAAAUAAAUACAUGAAUGAAUGAGUAAAAAUGAUCCUCCAGUCUUCACACAGGAAGUCAAUGGCUUGACAUUAUUUAAAUGUGAAUGAAAUAUGAAUACAGGUCAUUUCAUUUUUACAUUGAAUGAGUUUGUUUUGUAAUAUAUUAACACAGUGUAUUUGUUUUUUUCCUCUCUGCCAAACUGUAAGUGGUAUCAGCACAUGAAUAUUUUUAUUUAAAAUUGACGUUAUUUAAAAGACAAUAAUGGUUGUUGUGAGAACGACUGAAGUUGUCGUAAGACGAAUCACAUGGAGAUCGAGCUCAGAAAUGGUAGUUGGCGUACAGAAUGAUGAUUAUUGAAAGUGGAUGUGCAAAAUGCUCAAAUAAAAGCAGUGUUUUAAACAGAUA